AUGUCUUUUGACUGUAAAUUGUGUCACAAUAGACUUCUUAACGGUUCCCUAAGCCAUCUUGAAAGAAGUUACGAUGGAAUCAACAGCACUGCUGGUUAUAAAGUUCCUCGUGCUGUUCCCUCGCCCUUACCGAAAAACAAAGCCAUCAUGUUUCUAAAGACGCAUAAAACAGGCAGCAGCACCAUCACCAACAUUCUAAACAGAUAUGGAACCAAGAACAACUUAACGUUUGCUCUGCCAAAACAUGACGUAAUUUUCAACUGGCCUGAACGUUUGAAAACUGACUUCAUAGUAGAUUUAUGGGAAAAUCCUGACAUAUUAUGCAACCAUGCUAGAUACAACAGACGUCUUCUGCGCCAUCUCUUUCCCAAACAGAAAAGCGCUUAUAUAACUAUACUACGUGAGCCAUUAUCAAAUUUUGAGUCCAUAUUUAACUAUAUGUCGUUAUSGAAAUACCUUGAUAUUGAAGGCAAAGAUAGCAUGGAAGUGUUGCAGAAAUAUCUUCUUAGCAUAACAAAUUUCAAAUCUGCAAAGCUUCACCGUAAAGACACUCUACGACUAAUUCGAAACCCUAUGUUAUAUGACUUGGGGCUUGACUUUCGCUACUAUCAGGAUGAAAAGGCUGUCAAAAAUUACAUUCAAUUCUUGGACAAAGAGUUCGAUCUUGUCAUGAUUAUGGAAUUCUUUGACGAGUCAGUUGUUUUGCUGAAACGGCUAAUGGACUGGGAGAUGGAUGAUGUAGUUUUCCUCAAGCACAAUGAGCGGCAGGAGAAGGAAAAGAAGAAACUCACCCGUCUACUUGAGGCUAAUAUAAAAAGCUGGAACAGGGCUGAYUUCAUUCUCUAUAAUCACUUUAAUAACACCUUUUGGGAGAAAAUUGCCGCASAAGGACCGGACUUCUACGAGGAUCUUGGCAAAUUCCGUAAGCGCAAACAGGAGGUCACCGAGAUGUGUGUAAAUCCUGAACCAGUUCUCACUGAGGUAUAUCAUGAAAAAUUUGCCUUGGGUCAUAGCUUGAACGACAAUAUCCCAAACACUAUGAAAACAUUUUGUCGUAAUCUGGUGAAAAGUGAAUUGRUCUUUUAUAGAGAAAACUUGCAAGCUCAGAAAACACAACUUACCAAGAUAAAUGACCCAGGAGAGUUUAAAAAUGAGUUUGAUGMUGACAAYAAUUGGGAUAAAUCAAACGAUUUUCCUYAUCCAAUUAAUAAACAACUCAUUUUAUAA